AUGAGUGACCCGGUGAUGGCGGCGGACGGGCAUUCGUACGAGCGGUCGGCGAUCGAGCGCUGGCUCGCGACCAAGUCGACGAGCCCGAUGACGGGCGAGGCGCUCGUGCAAAGCUUCCUCGCCCCCAACCACACGCUGCGCCGGCAGAUCCGGGACGCGUUGUGCAAAAACUAA